ACGCGUAUUUGCAAACAUCCGCAGACGACCACCCCAUCGUCCCUGCUGAGAUCGGAAGGUCAGUUAGAUUCGGCAAUCGGAAAUUUCUCUUUAAAAAGUUGCAAAAAUGUCUGUGGCUCGAGCCGUUUCGGUGCUCAAGCCAAAAAUCGGCACUUUCCUGAAGUACGCUCGUGUCGAGCUUGUACCGCCUUCUCCUGGAGAAUUGUCUCAGGUGUUUUCAGGCUUCGGUCAGCUGAUGCGCUCGGCACGAACUGGCGCGUGGAAAAACCUGACGGUGAGAGAAGCUACCAUUAACACUAUUGUCGGACUUGACGUGGUCUUCUGUUUUUUCAUUGGAGAGUGCGUAGGGAAAAGGUCACUUGUUGGUUAUAAUGUUUAACGAAGCCAGAAUUACACGAUUAUAAUAGUAGGAGAAUGUCAGAUGCCUUGAGGCGAAUGACGUUCGCGUUCUCGAAUUAAAUAUAUAUGAGCGCAUAAACGCUUUAGAAGCAUUAAGAAUGAAUAAAAAAAGGAUAUAAUAUUUGCUGUGUAAAGUAGUAGUA